UUCGGAGUGAGGUGUUGGCUCACUUCUAGAUUGUCCGCUGCGGAGGAAGGACUCCCGUUCUAUUACUCCAGAGGAGGACUCGACAAUACAACUGUAAACCGGAGGGGAAAAGUUAUUGCCACUUGAGUUGAAAGCACAAACAAGAUGUUUUUCAAUUGGGCGCAAAUUCUCGCCCUCGUACUAGCGAUAGUGCAUGUAGAUUCGGUGCCAACUGGAUUAAUCCAGGAUGCAUCUAAAGCCGAUCAAGUAAUGCGGCCCAAAGCGAAGAGAGCGCAAGAGGUCCUCAUGUUCGGUAAUCAACAGAAUCGACGAACUGAAAAUUCAGCUGCCUCCAAUGUAUUCGUCCCAACUGCGGAGAAACGCACCCUUGGAACAUCGGGGCUCGAGGACGUGAAAGCUGCGCUGGCGGAGGACCAGACUUUUAGUCAUGGUAAACAGCCCAGUGUGUCGAUUUUUGAUGGUGAACGGCUUCCACCGUCCGAGAAGAAUUAUGACUAUGGUAAAGUCAUGAUGAAUGAAGUUGGUGACGAUCUGCCAAGAAACUGGGACAUGCCACCGUACGCAAGGUACUUUGGCCUCGACGAGGAUCGUCGUAAGAGAUCAGAAUCCAAGAAUACCGGUGCCUCAACGUCUGGCCCACUAUCACGUCCAACAACGGUGUCACCAUCAUCCACCGCUGCAUCACCUCUGCCGAUUGCUCAGAGCUCCCCGCGUUCAUUCGCCCAGGCCAAACGAAGUCUGCCUUUGUAUCAGGAGUCCAGGUAUAAACGUGCCUUAGAUCGCGAGGAUCUGCUGGCGCUUCUCUCUCUCUGGGAAAAUGGACCAAGAGCGAGAAAUUGGAGGGGCUAUGGAAACGACGAGUACGAGAAUAUCGAGGACGAUGGCAAUCUUAUGGGAUUGGAGGACGAGGAUCCAAGAGGUGGAUGGCUGGAGGGACCUGUUUAUGCGCCCCAUCGCUUCAAUAUUGCGCCGGAAAUUUCUUCAUCUGACAUUGGAAUUCCUCGAACACACCCUGUGAAUUCUUACGAACAAUAUGGCAAUCAGUAUGCACCGGCUUAUGAUAAUUCGCCGUAUGAAACAACGCAGUAUCGUUCUCUGUAUCCUCACAACAGUUAUUAUCCACCAGAGAAGCGUUUCAUGGUGUCACGGAAGCGAUCACAACAGGGGUACGAUACAUACAGCGGUCGUAAUCUCAACGACAUUGUCAAUUUCUCACAGAUGAUGAAUUCGCAGCCUCAUCAGGGAUAUCCCAAUCUACCCCAGCGUUUAUUGUAUUAAUUCUGUUGGUGGAUGAUAAUGUGGAUUAUGGUGAAUGUUGAGGACUAUCUGGUAUUUUAAUUCGAUAUUUUCAUCUUCUUAUAUUUCAUUCCUCUUAAUAUUCAUUGAAAUUGAAUUGUAAUUAAAAAAUUUUGCUACUCGUUUAGAAUUGGGAGUUGAAUUUUUCGUAUUCCCUUUCACAUAGAUAGAUAAUGAGUAAUACAAUUUGGGAAAUUUGUGACCAUACCAGUUAGUCCCAUAAGGAUGUGUGGAUGAGUUGCAGGAAAUAUGAGGGUACGAAGGAAUAUUUUGCAAUGGAAGAAUAGUUAUAGCUUUCAACUUUUCAUUCUUUUGUCUGAUUGGUUUAUCAGUGGUGAGCUUUGUAAUGUCAGUGAUUCUCUAGCCUACCAUUGGCAUAUAACUAAGAAAGUAACAGAUAGAUCUCGUAUUUGGAAUUUAUCAAAAACUACAUACUGAGGAAUAAUGGGAAAUAUGUAAAACUCUACAACCGUGUCUACUUCCUGCUUUUAGAAGAUGUAAGACGGAACUCGCUCAGUAUUUUUUUUUUAUUACAUAGGGAAAUAAUCAUGAGAACGUUUGUCUGACUGUCAAUUACGUGUGAUAAUGAUUUAGCCAAAGUAACAAAAUCACAGUGACUCUGUAAGAAUUCAUGAAUUUUCUUCACAUCUCAGACAUUUGCAAUUCUGAAGUAUCUUUUAAAAUGCAAUUUCUUCCUUCAAAUCAGGGAUGAGCUUGUAGGAUUUAUAAGUCCCGUGCAAAUAGUCGGCUAGCUCCACUAUAUUAACUUGAUGAAAUCAGUGAGAACAGCACCGAGUGAUCAAAGACUGUUUACCGACGGCAUAUGCACAACAAUAAUGGGUUCUCGGGGGUUUUUCGCCCUGAGAAAAUUCCUCCCAUGAAUUCGUAGGUAUGUCACACAUGCACGGACUCAAUCUCCCAAAACAAAACAUUUCAAAACUCAAAAUUUUCAACGUACUUUCUUUGCAUAAUUCAAGCCAAGUUCUUAUGCAUACAAUUAAUCCAGUAGUGAAGCGGUAAACCGAGAUAAGUCGAUUUUGACUAUUAGCCAGUUUUUGCUGAAUAUCUCGGAA